UAUAAGAUGGAGUUUCCUUUAAUUGUUACUACUUCCAAGAUUUCAGGUAACAAUGUGGGUGUAAACGACAACCGUCGCUCUGUAACUUACCAUCCCAACAUUUGGGGAGAUUUUUUUCUUCCAUAUGCUUCACAACAUACGGACAUCUCCAUUGCUGAAAAGGAAGAACAUGAAAGACAAAAGGAAGAGAUUAAGGAUUUGGUCCUUCAAAUUGAUGAAGAUGAUAUAACCCUAAAACUACAACUCAUUGACUUGAUCCAACGGCUUGGAGUUGGCUACCAUUUCGAAGAGGAAAUCGACAGAACCUUACGAUGGAUUCAUGACACCUAUAGUGGGAAGGACAACGACAACGAUCUUCAAGUGGUUGCUCUUCGCUUUCGCCUACUACGUGAACAAGGUUUCCCCGUUCCAUGUGAUGUUUUUAGCAAAUUCGUAGACGAGGAAGGAAAUUUCAAGGAGUCGAUAACGAAUGAUGUUGAAGGGUUGUUGAACUUGUACGAGGCAUCGAACUAUGGAGUGCAAGGAGAGGAAAUUCUUGACAAAGCAUUAGAAUUUUCCUCUUCUCAUCUCCAGUCGUUAAUCAUGAACAUGAGUAAUGAUUCUGUUUCAACACGAGUUAGGGAAGCUCUGAAUAUCCCAAUUUCAAAGACUCUAAACAGAUUGGGAGCAAGAAAAUUCAUUUCUAUGUACAAAGAAGACGGCUCAUGCAACAGAAAGAUACUCGAUUUUGCGAUAUCGGACUUCAAUCUUGUGCAGAAGCUACACCAGAAAGAGCUAAGUCAUCUUACAAGGUGGUGGAAGGAAUUGGACUUUGCAAAUAAACUUCCCUUUGCUAGAGAUAGACUUGUGGAAUGCUAUUUUUGGAUUGUGGGUGUUUACUUUGAGCCAAGAUAUGCAAUUGCAAGAAAGCUACUAACCAAAGUCAUUUAUAUGGCUUCUGUCCUUGAUGACAUUUACGACGUCUAUGGAACGUUAGACGAACUAACGCUUUUCACUAGCAUUGUCCGAAGGUGGGACAUUAAUGCGAUUGAUGAAUUGCCACCGUACAUGAGGAUAUACUACAAAGCCCUAUUGGAUGUAUAUGUUGAAAUGGAAGAUGAAAUGGGAAAAUCAUAUGCGGUCGAAUAUGGAAAAGCUGAGAUGAUUAGGUUGGCGGAGGUGUACUUUAAAGAGGCUGAGUGGUCUUUCAGCAAGUACAAGCAGCCUACAAUGGAAGAAUAUACAAAAGUGGCACUUUUGUCUUCAGGAUAUAUGAUGAUGUCAAUAAAUUCAUUAGCUGUGAUCAAUGAUCCAAUUAGCAAGGAACAGUUUGAUUGGGUUUUGAGUGAACCACCCAUUCUUAAAUCAUCUUCACUCAUUACUAGGCUAAUGGAUGACCUUGCAGGAUAUGGGUUUGAAGAAAAGCUCUCAGCAGUGCAUUACUACAUGCAUGAAAAUGGUGUGUCAGAGGAAGAAGCUUCGGCAGAUCUGCGCAAACAAGUCAAGAAUGCAUGGAAGCUUCUAAACAAGGAACUUCUUCACCCAAGAGAAGCUUCCAUUCCUAUCCUUAAAUGUGUUGUCAACUUCACUCGUGUCAUAAUCGUGCUAUACACAGAUGAAGAUGCAUAUGGAAAUUCCAAAACUAAGACUAAAGACAUGAUCAAAUCCGUGCUUGUCGGUCCCAUCUCCAAUAUUUAACAGCGAUGAGACUAUGGUUUAAUUUUACGUGUACGUUAUUGUAGCCAGUGAUGGAUUCAGCUGAGAACAACGGGUACAAUUGUAGCAUGUCUAGGCUCGACCAUUUUUAUUUUAUGUUUAACUAUGUACCAAAUAACUAAU